UGUUGUAUUUUUUGUUUCGAACAUAACUUCUCGUCAUCGAGCAAAAUGCUGUUGAUCGCAUCACAUACAUCAAAAAUUUCAGCGUUUUCUCGGGAGGUUCCGAGUCGCUUUCCAAAACAAUUCUAUUUGCAUGGACAAAGUGUCAUUGCAUUCCAUUAGGAUAGAAAAUUUAAACGAGUACUUAAAAGAGAUAAGGAUUUUACAUCAUGUCAAAGAAGAUUAUUUGUUUGUUUGACGUAGAUGGUACACUCACUGAACCACAGCAGCCAAUCAGUCCUAUAUUUGAAAAGUUUCUCCUAGAAAUUGUAAAAAAAGAGUUUGACAUUGCAGUAAUUGGAGGUUCUGAUUUAAAUAAGAUUCAAAAACAGCUAGGUAGUGGAAACCUCUUUGAAAAGUAUAAGUAUGUCUUUGCAGAAAAUGGCCUUAUCGCUUUCAAGAAUGGUAAAGCUUUACCUUCACAAAUGAUUCAAGAUAUACUUGGGGAGGAUUCUCUGCAAGAUUUUAUAAAUUUCAUCUUGCGAUAUAUAUCCGAGCUAAAGCUACCAUUUAAGCGUGGAACAUUUAUCGAAUUCCGUACAGGCAUGUUGAACAUUUCGCCAGUAGGACGAAAUUGCAGCAAGAAAGAACGCGAACAAUUUUAUGAAUAUGACAAUGAACAUCAUAUUCGAGAAAAAUUUAUACAAGUCCUGAAAAAGGAGUUUCCUGAUUUGGGUCUAACUUAUAGUAUCGGAGGACAAAUCUCUUUUGAUGUUUAUCCUAUCGGUUGCGAUAAAACGUAUUGCUUGCGUCAUAUUCAAGGAUAUGAUGAAAUACAUUUCUUUGGUGACAAAACAGCCGAAGGUGGUAACGAUUAUGAGAUUUACGAGAGCGAUCUGACAAUAGGACACCGCGUCACUUGUCCUAAGGACACCAUGAACCAAUUGAAUGUCCUUAUAACUCUUAUAAAAGAGAACAGAGAGAAAGAGCAACUCAAUGUUCCACUGCAAUGUGUAUAAUAAGGCCUAAUAAUAGUAUUUUUGUAGAUUGACAUAAAUUUAUAUUUUUAAUUAGUAUAUAUAUAUAUAUGUUAUUGUACAAUAGAUUGAUUUCAUUCCGUUCUUUAUUUUUCAUUUUUUUCCAUUGUUACAUUCCUAACGAAGUGCAGUAUUUGUAACUUUAUAGUUUCCAAGGAAAAUUUUUCAGCACUAAUUCUAAGCACAACUGUUUUCAUGCACACUUAAAAAUAUAUUUGUACAUAUGCUCUUUUCUAAUAAUUUUACUAUCUUGAUGUACACACAAAUCAUAAUAUACACAUAAAUGUUAAAUAAAAAUGUUAUUGACAUUAUGAA